CUCUUGAGAGGACGCCACCGCGCAGGCGCAGUCGGUGGGGGUCUUGCAGCUGCUCAGCCCCGCCCACGGAGCCCGGAAGCGCUGGUUUGCAGACCCUCGCCGCGCAGGCGCAGUGGGGUGCCGGCGACUUCGGCACCGGGGGUGUCUAGCAGGUGGGUUGGGAGGUACGUUUGUAUUCCUCCGGUGCUGACGGGCCGCGGCGGCGGACCCGGGACUCUGGCGGCAGCACGGAGGCUCAGGCUGUGUCCGAGGGCUCGGGGCCCGGCGCCGCUUGUCCCGGGACGGCCCCUCCGGUGACAGUGCUAGUGAUGCGGCAGGACGAGGCCGCAGCGGACCGCGCGCUAAGGCCGGGUCCGGCGGGGAGCGAGGCGGCGGCGGCGGCGGACCCCGAGGACGAGGCGGGGGAUGACGACGCCGACCUGCUGGACACGUCGGACCCCGCGGGCGGCGGCGAGAGUGCGGCCAGCCCCGAGGAGCUGGAGGACGAGGGUGCCGAGGGCGGCGGCGCGGCGCGCAGGCGGGGCGCCAAGACCUGCACCUACGAGGGCUGCCGCGAGACCACCAGCCAGGUGGCCAAGCAGCGCAAGCCCUGGAUGUGCAAGAAGCACCGCAACAAGAUGUACAAGGACAAGUACAAGAAGAAGAAGAGCGACCAGGCCCAGGGCUCCGGAGGCGCCUCGGCGGCCAGCGCAGGCAACGUCAAGCUGGAGGUAGGCGCCUCGGGCCCCGGGCCAGGGCAGGAAAGUACAGACAACAUACUCUCCAUUGUCAAACAAAGGACGGGAUCUUUUGGGGAUCGCCCUGCAAGGCCUACUCUUUUAGAACAAGUGUUAAAUCAGAAAAGACUGUCAUUAUUAAGAAGUCCAGAAGUUGUCCAGUUUUUACAGAAACAGCAGCAGCUAUUAAAUCAACAAGUUUUGGAGCAAAGACAGCAGCAGUUUCCAGGAGCACCAGUGUGAGGGGCUCAGGAACUCUGUGUGUGAUUUAUCUUACCGUAAUGGAUGAACGGACUUUUAUACUAAAGGUGAUACCCUGAUAGUCAGGCAUUGGUGGAAUCCCUGCACUUGGGAGACAGAGCCAACCUCCUGAGUUUAAGCCAGCCUGGGCUACACAGCAAGCUCCUUUCUCAAAAAACAAAAAAAAGCAGCAGAGAAAAGCUGUUGGAAAAAACAUCUUCCUGUAAAUGUGCGUGUGCAUUUGGGGUAAAUAAGUAUUGCAUUUUUGCAUCUAAUCCUUUCAGAUCACUAUGAGUUUGAAAAAAAAAUCACCUUUAUAGUUUUUAAUGUUUUUCUUCAGUUGUACCAACUGAAGCUCGUGAGGCAGUUACUUUCUGUGGAAGUCAUUGUUAAUAGUAAUCUCAGUUCAUCUAGCACCAUGACUCAUCAGAGGCAUGGAAAGGAGCGGUGUUUCGGGUUGUCCUAGAGACAUUAAACAUAGCUAGGCUGGAGUGAGGGGCCAGGAAUACCGAAUGUUCUUCAGUGUCUGUGAUAUUCCACAGCUAAAUGUUACCUCGCCAUUGAUGCGCCUCAGCUGCUGUGAGAGCCUGAGGGCAGAGCACCAAGGCCAGGUUCUUGUAAUAACCUUUCUUUAGGGCUAAGACUGGAGCUGUGAGAGCUAAGUAUGUUUAUACCUGCGGAGGAAGCAGUCGCUGAUCUCAUAUAAACUAGAGAAGAACCCAUUAAAGUGGGCACCUCCACUGCAGAUCAUCUCUACUGAAUUUGUGAACAGUUUAGAUAUACUUAGCCCACCAAGGCCCGGGCAGGAUUGUUUUUCUUAUAUUCAUUCUUAAUGUUCUUCAUAAAGGAGAUUCUGAAAAUGGAGGAACACUCCACAUUUUGUCAGUGGUUUUCAAAACUGAACUACUCUAACACUUAUUCCUAACAACUGUUAAAGGAGUCAUGGAUUAUCUGGGUGUUGGUUUUUUGUUGUUGUUGGUUUUUUUUUUUUUUUUUAACUUUCUCCUAAGAAAACUUUAAAAAGGCAAAAAUACGUAAGAUAAAGAAUGAAAUGUCAAGAGUAUAUCCAGGAGGAGGUUAAUAAAUGUGUCUCAAGAUGAACUCUGCUGAAAUGUGUUAGUUGCUUGAUUCCUAAGUCCUGAAAUGUAUAUGAUGUUAAACUUAAAGCUAUUCCAAUAAGUACUCAAAGGGCUGGGGAUGCAGCUUAGCCUUCGAGCACUUGCCUAGCAUGUGCAAGGCCCUUGGUUCAAUCCCCCGCAUCACCACAACAACAAAAAAACAUGGGGAAAAGGAUGUUUUUCUUCAUUCUGUGUUGUGUACUUGUAUAUCUGAAAAAGACCCUUUUGUCAAAAUUAUUCAUUAAAGUCGAGUUGUUGACCUUU